AUGCCGUGCGUUCAUAUUGUGCUUGUCAAAGUAAAGGACCAAGUUCUCCGCAAUGGCUACGAGGAGUUCAAGGCACGCCUUGAGACGCUUCGUGAUUUACAGGUGACCAAGGACGAAGUCACGCAGUUGCAUUGGGGCCCCCCUAUCUGGGACACGCGCUCGCAGGGCUUUAACUAUGGCCUCUACACCGUGUUCCGCAACCGUGAAGGAUUGGAGCGCUACAAGGAGGACAACGACCAUAAGGACUUUUCCAAGAUGAACUUGCUCCCGAAUGUGGAAGGACGCAAGGCGCUCGAUAUUCAGACGCGCCUGCAAAGUAUGAGCUGGCGGAUUCGUUCAAAUACUACCAAUGUCCAGGAUAUGCUACAGGAUGCACGGAGCGCACAGUGCCAUUGGGGACGCACUGCGUCUGUUCCUUUUGGGGCAUUACGCGGCGAAUCCGCCGAGCAUGACUCUUGCGCGUGGAAUAAUGAAUUGAAGCGUGGCAUCUCGGAGGAUGAUAGCGAUGCAGUGCUUGCGAGUGCAUUUGAAGAAAAUGAGCUUGCCUGGCAAGGCGCGGUUUGCGAAAUGAAUAUGGUGGACGACAACUGGGAGAAUAUCCCAGCUCCGGAGCGCACGGUACGGCCUCUCCCCGCACGUUCUGGAUUUCGUCCAACAAAGUCAAUGCCACCUUUACGUGAGCUUCCUGCGGAUUACAAUCCGUUCCUGAACCGGGGCGCCGAGGCCAUGGACCAGACUGUAGAAAUGCACGAACGCGUGGAUUUCGCAACCUAUGCGCAGCGCACCGAUAAUUUCUAA